AUGGCUUUCUUCAACUUACAUCUAUUAGGAUAUCAGCAUCCCCUUCGGAAUAAAAAGAAAACCACAACUGAAGAAACAGACCAGAAGGAUGCAGGGUCCUCUAUGUUUCCACCGAUUGUCUCCGAAGAUGGUAAUUACUCCGUACACCGCAAUAGCCACAAGCGCUAUCAGGAAGCCAUACGAAAGGUGUUGUUAAAAACAUUCCCCAAUCAGGUUUUUCGAGUCCCAGUGACCGACGCUCAGAACUUCAGCUUCUGGUGGACCGACCAUUCAAGCGUGCGUCCAGAGAAAACCAUACCAUGGAUCCAUUGUCGACGCCAUUGUCUUAUUAAAAGCCCGAUGACCAGAUAUAUGGAUCAUUCUAUUCUCAAUGACAAAACCUUCACUCAGUAUUGA